AUGCCUCAACCCUACCCAAUCGUAAACGCUCUACCGCGGAAGAAGCUGCCUCUCUGGUAUGAACGCGUCUACCGCGUCGUGGCUGUCAGAGAGAUCGAAAGUGAGGGGCGCCGGUCUAGUUAUGGACCAUAUCCAGAGGAUUUUGAUGAAGAUAUUUCAGAACUGGAAUCGGAAAGCAGUGGUGCAUGCCACUGUGCCUCGGAUACUUCAGAAUGCGAAUGCGAUCUUGACGAACGCGAUUUCAUGGAUGAGGAUUCUGUGUACGCCGGUUCCGAUGCGGAAUGGUACCUGGAGUAUAAGGAGAUGCGAGAAGAGCGGAAAAGGCAACUUGUUGAACUUCGCAAAGAUCACGAGCGUGCGAUUGAGUAUCACAAAGCUCGGGAAGAUGAAGUGGAGAGAGAAUGGGCCAAGCUUCAACAGAAUAACACGCGAGGCAUACAGGACCAAAGGCUAAACCUCGAGCUGGCUCAUUUCAAUAUAUACUCAUCUGAUUUUGCCCGGUGUCAGGACAUAGAAUACGACCAUCCGACAUCAUACAUUGAGUUCUACUGGCCGGAUGAACUUGGUGAACGGACCAACAAGCAGACCAUGGGACACAUCUAUAUCGAUCCAAAUAUCACACCCAGCCUGGAAGUUUUCGAGGCACCCGAAUACGCUGGCCAGCCUAGUGUCGAUAUUGGCGUGGAAGGUAGUGACGAGAAUAUUUCCGUCACGUUUAUCAAUCAACAUCUACUGAAAAUGGCUGUCCCUCGAUCUAUUGCAUGCCUGCUACCUCCUCCGUCCAACACUCCAGAACUCUUCGAAUUUGUCGGUAUCAGCAGACAUUUCAAGAAUAAGAGGACGAAUCAGGAGAAACAGAAGCGGGAGGAGGCAGAAGCAAAGCGCCGGAAGCAGCGCGACGAUUCUCCAAGAGAAUCCUGGUUUGAGAUGAAUCAUCCCAUGGGCUCAUGGGCUCAAUCUUCAUGGUGA